AUAUGAGUUGUAAUCGGCUAUCGGUUAUCGGAAUUGAGCAUAAAGAAUUUACUCACACAUGUAUACACAUACAUAUGUUUGUGUACAUACUAAUUUUGCGUCCUGUAGAAUUUUAAAAUAUUAUUGAAUGGUUCUAACGUAGUGUUAAAUAUCGAAAUAUGGACCGACUUUGUCGUGUUUGUAUGGACAGUUCUGUUACGUUGGUUGACAUAUUUGCCGAACGGCUGCAACCGUCAAAAAAGGACCCUAGCCUGGCUGAAAUGCUCAAUGAAUUCUGCGAGGUGAAACCGAAGGAUUUGCUGCCUCAGACCAUAUGCCUGUCCUGCGUUCUUGCGGCGCAAAAUGCUUACAGAUUCAAACGGACGUGCGAGGAGAGCAAUCGCCAGCUAUUGGAGAUGCUGGCGAUAAGAAACCAGGACAGUACCAAGUACAUAGUUCCUUGCGUAGAAGCUGUCUACCAAGCUGAGGAGAUUCCGGUGAACUUGAAUUGCAUCAAGGUGGAGCCAACUCAUCAAGAUGUAGCAAUUACCAGUGACACUGUGCAACCUCAAUUGAAUGUGAAACCAAUAAUAAGAUCGGUACAACCGCGGUAUACUAUAAAUAAAAAGAUCAGGCGCAACCAACAAACUACAGAUAUAUAUACCCACAAGUGCAAAUUCUGCGGAAAAGGAUUUAACGGAUUAUAUCCAACGCGAUUACACGAGAAACGCCACACUGGAGAGAAAACCUUUUUUUGUUCCACUUGUGGCAAGGGCUUCAUCCGCGGUCACGAUCUGAAGAUACAUACUCGUAUUCACACCGGUGAACGGUUCCAGUGUCCACACUGCCCACGAUCCUUCAUCCAAAAGCAUAUUCUUAAAACUCAUAUGCAAAAUCACACAAUGAAGGAUUUUCGCUGCGAGCAUUGUCCCUACGUAUUUAAAUUGCAAUCUCAGCUACGAAUACAUAAAUCCGUCUCGCACGGACAACCUGUUAAUGCAGUUAAAAAAACUGUGGUAAAGACACAUGCGACUAAGGGUAAAAUGCAGAAUACUAAGAUUAUUGUGCAGCAAAAACCACAAAAGACAUUAACUGUCUUAGAGCGUGGAUUACGUGAUAAACUUCCGCCUGUCUCAUACGAGGAAUUGGAUAUAGAAUGUGAACUUAACGAUAAUUACACUGCGCCGACCAAAUUAAAGUGUAAACAAAAAAGUUUCGAAAAGCCCAAAAAUAUGGCUCUAAUCAAAAGUCAGAAAGAGCCUAAACAGCCAAUAGACUCUUCAAAAAUCAAAGAUAAACACAAAAUUCACUUUUGUGACACCUGUGGCAAGGGAUUCCCCCGAAGAUACGCGUUGACGCAACACAAUCGAACUCAUACCGGCGAACGUCCCUACAAAUGCAGCUACUGCCCGAGUGCAUUUACCCAGGGACAUGCUCUCAAGAGGCACGUCGGCAGGAUUCACAGUAAAUUCGCUCACAAGGAACUGCAGAUUCCGCCGAUAAAGCGAGUGGUCGUUAGAGUCGCCCGCGUCCAACUGCCGUGUGUACUCACGUAUUGACUGAGGAAGGCGCUAUCUACUGGCGUGUUUCAAACUGAAUUCCAUUUUUUAGUUUUUUUAUUUGUUAUUUAUUUUUAAACAAGCAUGGGAAUUUUCUUAA